CAUUUAUUUAGGAUAUUUAAAAGUUAAUAUAUGUACAUAAACACAAAAAAUAUACCUUAUAUAUAUACAAUAUAAUUUUUUGUCGAGGUUGUACGGGUAAACACCCUAGGCAUCCUAAAUCCGUCCCUGCAAAACAAGUUGAAGUUCAACUGGCAAAUUGCUGAUUAACGCCAAAACAAGCAUUCAAAUGUCCAGUCUUUCAACUGUCCGCCGUAUGCGAGGUAUCUUCGCCGGAAAUAACAAAAAAUCAGCAACCAAAACCACCAAACCUACCCUUACCUCUUUAAACCUCACCAAUCACACACCCCAAGCAAUUGUAAAUUUCUUUAAGAAAUCAUCAAAAUGCCCUAAGUUCCGACGCUGGCGUCCCAAUUAUGAAAUUGCCAUUCACCGCCUUGCCAAAUCCAACCACUUCUCAGGCAUCGAACAAGUUAUCGAGCAUUUAAAACACUAUCCAGAAAUUCGCGACGAGUCCUUUGUCGCUGGGCUUAUUCGUCUUUACGGGAGAGCUAAGAUGUAUGAUCAUGCACGUAAACUGUUCGACGAAAUGCCUCAACUAGAUUGUCCGCCACGGAGUGUCUAUUCCUUCAAUGCCCUUUUGAAAUCAUGCAUUACAUCAGAGAGAUAUGAUAAAAUUGGCGGUUUGUUUCGUGAAUUGCCCGAGAAAUUGUCAAUUGAGCCUAAUUUAAUGUCGUAUAACCUUGCGAUGAAGGCGUUGUGCAAGGUUGGUUCUUUGGAUUCUGCAGUGCUUUUGAUGGAUGAGAUUGAAAAGCAUGGGAUUAAGCCUGAUAUUGUGACUUGUAAUACGUUGUUAAGCGCACUUUAUGAAAGUGAAAGGUUAUCUGAAGCUGAAAACUUGUGGAUUAUGAUGGAAAAGAAAAAUAUUGUUCCUGAUAUUUGCAGCUAUAAUAUUAGAUUAAGAGGUUCAAUUAAAGUCAAUGGGGUUUCAAAGGCGCUUCAGUUCUUCGAGGAGAUCAUUAACAAGGGUUUGAAGCCAAACAAAUUCAUUUACAAUACUAUGAUAAAAAUGUAUGUUGAUGAGGGGAAUUUGGACCAGUCUAAAAUGUGGUAUGAAAAGAUGGUGCAAAAUGAUUGCCUACCAGAUGUUGCAACGUUUCAUAUGCUUAUUCCUUUGGCUUGUGACACGAAAAAUUUUGAUUUGGGGCUGCACUUGUGCAUGAAAGCUAUUGAUUCACAAGUACUUGUUUAUAGAGAAAUAAUGCAGAGGGUUGUUGAUGGCUUAGUUGAGCACUCUAUGAUUGAAAAUGCAAAGGAGUUGGUUAAGUUGGCCAAGUCUUGUGAGAGAUUCCUAAGUAACUUCUGGCAUUGCAGCGGAUUGUGAUACUGAUAAAGAUAUUGAUGGAGAAUAGUUAAAUGUGUACAUUUUUCAGUCAGAUACCUCUAGCAUCUCAGUCUUUCAUAAUUUUGCUAAUAUAGUGUAUGCAGAUGAAUUAUUUAACCACCUAAAAGUGGGGAUAGGU